CCUAACGUGGUCCUCUUUCCAACUACAGUUCCCUUGUCCUCAACGAUCCCCGUAUCCUCUGCUCUCGUCGGCGAGGUCGCCUCGGAUGUAUCCCGUCUAUCCUCCUCGCCUUACGGAGGAGCAGGAGGAAUAUCUACUGACGAACCUGAAAGAUUGGUCAAUUGCCCAUGGACUGGCCGUGCGACCUGCUCCAUCUUAUGUGCCAACCGAGACCGAUCCAUCCGCGGCCUUAGCGACGACGGCUCCGGUGACUCUGUUCCCCAGCUUGUUCCCAGGCGUGUGCUUUGAGCAGGCACGGAAUGUCGCCGAAGCGUACAAUGAACUCUAUGCGGCCAUUGCCAGCGACGAAACAUGGCUCAAAGGCAUCGUCGAAGAGCUGGUCGAGAUCGACGACUUCAUGGCAAAUCUAUGGAAAGUCCACUUGAAAGUGAAAGAAGAAGGCUACGCUCAUGCCUUCACUCUCGGACUUUUCAGAUCGGAUUACAUGGUACAUGUCGACCCAUCCGAGCCGCAGCCGUGUGUGAGGCAAGUCGAAUUCAACACCAUUGCUUCGUCCUUUGGCGGGCUGUCAAGUAAAGUAUCCGGCUUGCAUAAACACCUGCUCUCCAUUGGCGCAUAUCCAGAGAGUUUGAAUUCUAUCCUGACUGACUCUUCCCUUCCGCCGUCAACUUCCAUACCCGGCCUCGCCCGAGGCAUGGCGAAAGCGCACGAAGCUUACCUCGAAUGUGCGCCGACAUUGCCGACCUGUGUUAUCUUUCUCGUCCAGGAUCUCGAGCGGAACGUCUUCGAUCAGCGACACUUGGAAUAUGCGGUAAAUGAACACGGCAUACGAGUGUUCCGACUUCCUUUCAGUCGGGUGCUGAAAGACACUCACGUGGACGCGAAUCGCAAACUUAUAUACACACCGCCUCAGUCGCCGGGCCAGCGAUUCGAGGUCUCCCUCGUGUACCUCCGAGCCGGCUACAGCCCUACAGAAUAUGACAAUGAAGCGGCUUGGGAUGCGCGAUUGCAACUUGAACGAAGUGCAGCAAUCAAAUGCCCGUCGGUCUUGUUGCAACUCGCGGGGACCAAGAAAGUGCAGCAGGUCCUGGCUACUCCACAUUCACCGCAUCUCAAACGCUUUUUGCCGGAUGAGAAGCAAGCCGCCGCCGUUCUCAAAACUUUUGCUCCGAUAUACCCUCUGGAUAAAAGCGAGGCUGGGAUGGAGGCGCGGAAGUUGGCAACGAAUCCCGAUUCCGCCGUUCGGUACGUUGCAAAGCCCCAGCGUGAAGGCGGCGGCAACAACAUUUACCGCAAAGCGAUUCCCGACUUCUUGCACAGCCUUCCGGAAAGCCAUUGGCCGGCACACAUUCUCAUGGAGAUGAUUGAGCCACCAGAACAGAACAAUGUCAUUUUCCGGAACGGGGAGACUCAGCAGGGAGGCGUGAUCUGCGAGUUGGGUGUCUACGGUGCCUGCUUAUGGAAGCAGGGCGAUGCCGAUGGCAAGCCACACAUUACCUCCAACUUUGAAGCCGGCUAUCUGCUCAGGACGAAAGGAGAUGCUUCGGAAGAAGGCGGAGUCGCGGCAGGAUUUGGCGCUGUGGACAGCGUUGCGCUGGUUGAUGUAUGAGGUGGUGGGUGUCGUCAACUAGACUUCCCGAGUCCUCUGAAGUGGGCGGGCAUAUACCCUGACAAGGGAGAAGGAGGUAGACGGGCUGGUUAUACCGAGACUCUCGACAAGGUACUCCCGACGGUGGACUGCAUUGAGCAGACAGCUGCAGCGACAAGUACGGUAGCGUCCAACACAUGUCAUCGACAAGAUAGAGCAUAGUUGCAGUAAUCUUACCAGAGUGCGUUACAGACUGCUCGGGGCCCAGGACCAAGGAUACCAUGCAUCGGAGGCCGUAGGAGGAAGUUGAGCGAGGUGCGCAAAAGUAAGACUGAUGUUGAUUUUCGCCCAUAUCGUAAAUAAGCUGUGAUGAGAAGAACGC